GGCCAUAUCAGGGCUGCAGCUGUCCGAGAGCAACAAUAACAAGCGCUACUCCGCAGCCUGAGCGCAGCUUUAACGGCGCUGACAGCACCGAAUACCGUCGAAAUGCUCAAAAUGCAGCUUUCGAAUUAACUCUGCCGUUUGUUUCUUUGUCCUCCGAGCUGAACUCCGGCUGUCGUUCACGCUGACGCCGCCGAACACAGACUCGGGCGCAGGGGGAGCUUUGCAAUUUGCGGCUGCAUCUGGGUCAGUGGGCCCGACGUUAACCGCACCAGAGGUUUGCUUAUCCCCGUGGACCUGUCAGCUGUUCGUACACGCACCAUAUCGCCGUUAUAAACCGUGGCAACAUGGAGGCUAACGGUGGAGGACAGGACCGGGAUUCCGAGCUCUCCUGUCGAAACGGUACUCAGAAUGGCGAGUCGUCCUCCACCGUGGCCGCUCACUCCAACGGACUUAUCUCGGUAACCAACAAUGGCAACGCUGUCAGCAACAACAACGGAGUGGCAGCCCAGCCCGCCUCCAACAACAACAGCAGCAGCGCGGCGGAUGGCGGGUCGGGUGUCAAGAAGAAGAAGCGCCUGUCUCAGUCCGAGGAGGAUGUCAUCAGGCUCAUAGGACAACAUCUGAACGAUUUAGGUCUCAACCAGACGGUGGACCUCCUGAUGCAGGAGUCUGGCUGCAGACUGGAACACCCCUCUGCCACCAAGUUUCGCAAUCACGUCAUUGAAGGAGAGUGGGACAAGGCUGAGAGUGACCUGAAUGAGCUGAAGGCACUGAUGCAUUCUCCUAGUGCUAUAGUGCGGAUGAAGUUCCUACUCCUGCAGCAGAAAUAUCUGGAAUAUCUGGAGGACGGGAAGGUGCUGGAGGCCCUGCAGGUCCUCAGAGCCGAACUCACCCCUCUCAAAUAUAACACGGAGCGCAUCCACAUCCUGAGCGGGUACCUGAUGUGCAGUCAUGCAGAGGACCUGCGAGCCAAAGCUGAGUGGGAGGGCAAAGGCACAGCAUCGCGCACCAAACUGCUGGACAAACUCCAAACUUACCUGCCUCCGUCAGUGAUGCUGCCUCCCCGUCGUCUGCAGACUCUCUUGAAGCAGGCUGUGGAGCUCCAGAGGGAGCGCUGCCUCUACCACAACACCAAACUGGACAGUGGUCUGGACUCUGUGUCUCUGCUGCUGGACCACUCCUGCAGCCGGAAACAGUUCCCCUGCUACACACAGCAGAUUCUCACAGAACACUGCAAUGAAGUCUGGUUCUGCAAGUUCUCCAACGAUGGCACAAAACUGGCAACUGGCUCCAAAGACACCACAGUCAUUGUGUGGCAAGUCGACAUGGACAUCCAGCAGCUGAAGUUGAUGAAGACUCUUGAAGGUCAUGCUUAUGGUGUUUCCUACCUGGCAUGGAGCCCUGAUGAUGCUUAUCUGAUAGCCUGCGGCCCUGACGACUGCUCCGAGCUGUGGCUGUGGAAUGUGCAGACGGGGGAGUUGCGAACAAAGAUGAGUCAGUCCCACGAGGAUAGCCUAACCAGCGUGGCCUGGAACCCAGAUGGCAAACGCUUUGUCACCGGCGGCCAGAGGGGCCAGUUCUACCAGUGUGACUUGGAUGGAAACCUCCUGGACUCCUGGGAGGGAGUUCGGGUGCAGUGCCUGUGGUGUCUCAGUGACGGCCGCACAGUCCUCGCAUCUGACACCCACCAACGCAUCCGAGGAUACAAUUUUGAGGACCUGACAGACAGAAACAUAGUGCAGGAGGACCAUCCCAUUAUGUCUUUCACUGUUUCCAAAAAUGGAAGGUUAGCUCUGCUCAAUGUUGCUACUCAGGGAGUGCACCUUUGGGACCUGCAGGACCGGGUGCUGGUGAGGAAGUACCAAGGUGUCACCCAGGGUUUUUACACCAUCCAUUCCUGCUUCGGGGGGCACAAUGAAGACUUCAUUGCCAGUGGUAGUGAAGACCACAAAGUUUACAUCUGGCACCGGCGCAGUGAGCUGCCCAUCGCAGAGCUGACCGGUCACACACGCACAGUCAACUGUGUGAGCUGGAACCCCGUGGUGCCCGGUCUGCUGGCCAGCGCCUCAGACGAUGGAACCAUCCGAAUCUGGGGACCUGCGCCCUUCCUGGAUGUCCAGGAUGCAGAGGGACUGAAUGAGUGUUGCAGCAUGGACAGCUGAUGAUCUGCCGCUAACACCCUGAAAGCAUUGAGACUCUGUAGACACUUGAAUGCAUAAAGUGGGGACGUUUUUUAAUUGGACAGCUGCAUCUUGAAGGCGUGGCCUGUAGUGGGGCGCGCCUGGACGUCACAACACGAGCUGUCGAACUCGAGGCCGGGCUCCAGGACAUCUGACCCACCUUCUCCUCCAAUGUGGACCCGUUCCCUAGAACCACACAGGACCACCAGCCUCCUGCUUUAUUAUAAAGUCCAUUAUUUAUUCCUGAGUAGUUCACUGAGUAGUGCUAGGCGCCCGGUGGAGGCUUCGUCUCUGAGCUUCUCACAUGAAGAAACUCUGACCCGUCGCUGAACCUUUUCUGAGACUCUAGCUGGAGCGAUGGUUGGUGGAAGUGAGACCCACUCGAAGAGAAUCUUUUAACUGCUAUAGUCUGUUUUUGGUUUUGUUCCUUACUUUUAAAUGUGGAGUUUCAUGGCUUGGCUCCGUUGUGCUUUCCUGCUUAAACCCAGAGACAGAAUCGUGUCCCAGGAGCAUGUUGCAUAGGAAUCUGCAUAACUCGUGUUUUACACUCGCAGUGUUCAAGUGUGUCAAGUGCUUUGCUGUUUGUGAGGGCGUACAGCAGCUGAUGUGUACAGCUGUGUCAUCAUACGUGGAUUAUGGGAUGUUGUUUCCUCUGUUCAAGUGUGGAGUUUCCUUUAAUUCAUGUUUUCACUCUUUGCUCUUUGAUUGUGUUUCAGCCUGUUUCCUUCCUCUGUACAAACAACAGUCAUGUUGUGUGUCUGUGUGUGUCUGCUAUCUGUUUCAUCGUUUGUCAUCUUUAUCGAUGCUGUUGGUUCUGAGUGGAGGUGUAGCAUAGAGACAGUCUGAUUUCUGACAGAUGUGUUUACAUGAGGCUGUCAGUGAACCUCUCCGUGAACAGUGUGUCAAUAAUAAUAACACAAUCGUCUAACAAACCCAGGCUGACUAAACUAAAACUGCUGGCACGUCGUUUUUGAACACACUGAUUGCCGUGACCACCCGCAGGCUCGUUUCCUUGAACUGUUAGUGAGAUCUGGGUUGUGCAUCUCAGUUUGUUUUGGUCCAUUGAGAGAAUGUUUGUAGUAGAAAACAACUUUCCUGACUUCCUUCAUUUACGAGUGGCUGUAGGUCAGGAGGUAGAGCCGGCUCGAUGGUUCGAACCCUGGCUCCCCCAGUCUGCAAGCCAAACAUCCUUGGGCGGGAUACUAAACCCAGACUUCUCUCCUCUGAUGCAUUUAGAUAGAAAGCACUUGAAGUAUGGUGAAUGUGUAUAAAGCACUAUAUAAGAGUCAGUCCAUUUAUCAUGGUGGACUGAUGACUCAGAGGGUUUUUGAAGUUUGUAGCUGUGCACAUCUACGUAAAGGCUCCUGUGACAAUGACGUCGGUUUGAUUCGAAGCAGCUCGAGGGUCACCUCCUCCCUCCAGUGUUUGUGGGAUUACUCAGUGCGACCAGUAAAGACAGACACAUAAAAACAGAACAUCUCUUUGUUAUUAAUUCAGUUCAUCGUCUACUCUGGAAUCUCACGCGAAGCCGCUGCAUCUCUGCAGCUUAAAGGAAUCUUUAUUACUCCAAAAAGAUUUGGGAUCCACGUCAUUUUGUAAAUUACAUUUUCUUAAGAUAAAAAAGAAAACAUUAUCCUUAAUGUUCGACACAUCAGUAGGAAGCGAACAAAAUGACAGAGCGUGUGACUUAAUCUGAGUUUCCAAAUGUUUCCUGUCUUGGGUCAAAGAGCCGUCUUCCUCCAUGUGUGGUACACAGUUGUGUUAUUCUGAUAUUUGUGUUUCGGGGUUUCGGUGCUUCUGGCUGAAAUGAACAAACAACUGAAAUUUGAAUAAUGCAGAUCAGUUUUUAUCCAAACAGCUUUUAUACUCUCUGUAAGUCUAUUCAGAUUCUUUCCAGUUGUGAGCAACAGCUGGAAGACGGUGGGAACCCUGUUGUCUGUAUCCAUCAGCAGCUUCGCUCCUCCAUCGCACACACAGACACACACAGUGCACAACAGCAUCUCUCCCACAGCCCACACGUGGUGUUUGAGUUUCUGCUUCUGUGAUCAUUUCAGGCUUCUCUUCUUCAGUCAAGAAGCCAAAGUAGUAACUGUGUUUGCUUGCAGGCAGUUUUUGCCUGGAAUUCAGUUUUAAUGUGUUAUUGCAAAAAGUGAUUGUACUAUUCAGUCUAGUUCUAGAAUUAUGUGUCCAGAUUUUAAAUAAAGCAUUCGGGGUUUUAAAAAAAGG